AUGUCAUCAGAGACGAGACGUGACAAAAUACCGAUUGAACGUUUGCCUUACGUUUCGCCCCUUUUUCCUCCAUCCUUUCUCUUUGUGGUCCUGCUGAAUCUACGGCAUCGGUGUAUCAACCUUCUUCAUUCGCUGCUGAGUGCUGAUCUUGAGACGCGUUGCCCGCCCGCUCAAGCUGCGACGACCGCUGUCAAAUCGAAACCAAGAUCAAGACCAACUGAGACUGCUUCUUAUAGAAGCUUGAAACCAAAUACCCUUCACUGCUUAGGUGUGCCCGGCGCAGCGCCUGAGCUCUGAACACUCGGCGGAGUAGAGUGGCCAGUUUUAAGUCACUAGCGACCCGCCGUCGUCUGUGCAGCCAUGCCGCUACGGUUCGCUGUGGUGUGCUCAAGUAACAUGAAUCGGAGUAUGGAGGCGCACGCAUUUCUCAGUAAGAAGAGUUUCACGGUGCAGUCGUUUGGCACCGGGGACAAGGUGAAGCUGCCCGGCUCGGCGCCCAACAAGCCGAAUAUCUACGACUUCGGCACCACCUACGAGCACAUCUACCGCGACCUACAGGAGAAGGACCGGUCGCUGUACACGCAGAACGGUCUGCUGCACAUGCUGGACCGUAACAGACGCAUCAAGCCCGGCCCCCAGCGGCUGCAGGAGUGCUCCGACAAGUUCGACGUGGUCAUCAGCUGUGAGGAGCGCGUCUAUGAUCAGAUCCUAGAAAUGUUCGAGAGCCGGGAGCCGGUGGACAACACGCCCGUGCACGUCAUCAACAUUGACAUCCAGGACAACCACGAGGAGGCCACGAUCGGCGCCUUUCUCAUCUGCGACCUCUGCACACAGCUGGAGGAUUCACAGGACCUCGAGGACGACAUUGACGAGCUACUUCAGGAGUUCGAGUCCAAGGCCAAGCGGCAAGUGUUGCACUGUGUCCAGUUCUAUUAGGUCGCUCCCCCGUGCCGCAGACUGGUGCGGAAAUCGCGUCACGGCGGCAACUGUACUGAUCUGUUGAUAAUUGUACCGCACGUUGAAUCGAGCUCUGGUUACGUUCGAAACGUAAAACCCAGAGACCAAUGAAUAUUUUCCCAUAAUGCUGCAGCAUAUACCUCUGUAUACCUGAGGUCGGGGUAUACAGGGGUCAUGACUGCGGUGGUCCGCCGAAGUUGAACCUCCGGUUUCGGCCGAUAGAUGGCAGCCGUGUUCGUUUAGCGGCUCCGGCGGAUUGCGAUCGUGUUUUACACUCGCCGUGUAUUCGAGAGAGGUGAGAUGUGACGAUGACGCGACUGACGGUGUGGGGUUAGCUAGCUGUGUAGGGUGACAGGAAUAUAUCGUCGCAACUCUGA